UUGCCUUUGUCCGCAUCGCGUCAACAAACAUUUCUGUCGUCCCCUCCGCCGGCUAUUGUCUCUUCGCUGACCAGUGUACGGGUGCUUUCGUCGUAUCUGUACCUCUUCGGUGCUUACUCCCACACCCUCUCUAGCAAGAGAAGAUGAGCUCCAAGAAAGGCGGCGACGCUAGCAAGGCGAAAGCGAAGGCGAAAGCUGCACCCAAGCCCAAAGUUGCGAAAGAGAAGGAGCCAGAACUUGUUUUUGAGCCGCGCGACAUAGUGCUUGCGAAGCUCAAGGGAUUUCCUCCGUGGCCAGGCAUGGUUAUCGCCGACAAAGAUACCCCACCGAACGUGCGCGAGGCCCGCCCAGUUGGACGAAAAACGCCAUCCUAUGCAGUUCGAUAUUUUCCCAAAGGCGACUACACGUGGCUUGCCCCUAGUGUGCUAACACCACUCACCAGCGCCGCCAUCGACGCAUUUAUCUCAGCAGAUCCAAACGAAAAGAAGAAAAAAGGAUCUGGUCUCGGAAGGAAAGACUUGCUGGAAGCAUACGAAGUGGCUGCUGAUCCUACUGCCUGGGAGAAGGAGCAUGCUGCAGCUCUAAAGGAGGCUGCAAGCAAGAAGAAGGGCGGGAAGAAAGUGAAGGAAGAGGUCGAAGAAGAUGAAUUAGCUGACGAAGAGCCUGCAGAAACUGGCACCAAGCGGAAACGUAGUGUGGCUUCAACGACUACCAAGUCCAAGGCGAAAGCGCCGGUAAAGAAGGCACCUGCUCAGAAAGCUGCCGCUAGUAAAAGCAAAGGUCGAAAAGCCCCCAAAAGCAAGGCCACAAUCGAAAGUGAAGAUGAAAACGAGAAAGAUGGUGAUGGCGAGGAGGCAGCGUCUGAUGCAGAGGACGGGAGGCCAAAGAAAAAGCCGAAAACCACUGCGAAAGGGGCUGCUGCGAAAGGCAAAGCGGCCAAAGCAGUCAAGGCUCCAGUGGCCAAAACUUCUGAAGAACUAGAAGAAGACCCAGAGGCCGUCAAAGUGCGAGAAUGGCGGCACAGGCUGCAGAAGGGCUUCUUGAAUAGUAACAAGCCACCUCCAAAGGAAUCGGAAAUGCCCAGCUUCGACGAGCUCUUUACGGCCAUCGAAUCUUAUGAGGGGAUGACGGUGGAUUACUUGACGUUCUCCAAGAUCGGCAAAGUCAUGCGCCACGUUAAUCUCCUCCCCGAGGACCGCAUUCCGCGCGACGAUGAAUUCAAGUUCCGCGACCGCGCAACUGCUCUGGUCGCCAAGUGGGGCGUGAUUUUGAAUGGGGCGACUGGUGCUGCUGGGACAGAUGGUCACGUCAACGGGGCUGUUAACGGAGAUGACGAUGGUGAAGGUGAAGGUGAUUUGACAAUGAUGGAGCAAGACUGA